AUGCUUAAAUCGGCCCAGGUUGUCCAAAAAAGACUUGCGUCAAGUACGGGUCUUUUAAAGACCCCCUUGUACCCAGCUCAUAUCGAAUUAGGAGGUAAAAUGGUAGAUUAUGCUGGAUUCGAGAUGCCUGUACUCUACAAAGGUCAGUCCCAUAUCGAGUCGCACAAUUGGGUAAGGUCUCGAGUGGGGUUGUUUGAUGUUAGUCAUAUGUUACAGCACAAUAUAUCUGGACGUGACGCCAAAAGUUUUAUCCAAAAAAUUACCCCCAUCGACUUGGAUCAAUUGCCAAAGAACAGUUCCAGUUUAUCGGUGUUGUUGAACAAGGAUGGUGGUGUAAUUGACGAUUGCAUAAUCACAAAACACGAAGAAGACCAAUAUUAUAUGGUAACCAAUGCCGGAUGCAGAAGCAAGGAUAUCCAAUUUCUCAAACAAGAGUUGCAGAACAAUUUCAAUUUAAGCUCGGUUAACCACAACACUUUUGAAGGUACAUUACUAGCCAUUCAAGGACCCAAAGCGCAAGAGUUGUUACAAAAAUUCACCAAUGAAGAUUUAAGCAAGAUUUAUUUUGGCCAAACCAGAUUUUUGAAAUUGUCACCAAUCUCGGCAACAGUUCAUUUGGCUAGAUCUGGAUAUACUGGAGAAGACGGAUUUGAAUUAUCAAUACCAUCUAUAAGCGAAACUGAAAAAACCGAGGCCUUGAAUUUUUUCAAUACAUUGUUAAAAGAAUUUCCAGAAAUUGCCAAACCUAUAGGGUUAGCUGCGAGAGAUUCGUUGAGGUUGGAGGCUGGGAUGUGUUUGUACGGCCAAGAACUUAGAGAAGAUCUUACACCCGUUGAAGCUUCACUAUCAUGGCUUAUUCCAAAAACACGUCGUGAAUUAUCAUCCAGUUGUAGCUUUAAUGGAGCAGAAAAAAUCUUGAGCCAGAUAAAGAACAAGUCAAAUACUCAUAGAAGAAUUGGAUUGAAAAGCGCCAAUGGCCCAUCACCAAGAACAGGGAAUAAGGUAUUUGCUGAAGACGGUAAAACAGAAAUCGGGUACGUGACUUCAGGCUCGCCAUCGCCCACAAAGGGAGGAAAUAUAGCACAAGCAUAUAUUGACAAAGGGGCUAAAAUUGGUAGUAACACAAAGAUUAAAAUUAGAGAUAAAUUAAGAGACGCUGUAAUUACCAAAUUGCCUUUUGUAGAAAGCAACCUUUAUAAGCCAUAA